AUGUGCGCCUCGUUGUGUGGGCGCAGCGUGAAAAAGGUAAAGAUUGAAGGGUCUUUCCCUCCGUCAUACACAUCCUCUCUUUCGCUGGCUCGCUCCCCGUGCUCCCUAGGAACUCCAUUAGACCUUGCUCUGCGUUAUCUUAUCCUGGAAAAAAAAGCCAAACCGCCUGCGGUUUCAGAGCAAUUAUUGUACACCAUAUCUCUGGAGGUGUUACAAAUUAAACAUGGCGUGGGUCGAGCACGUUUUGCUUUAAGCAAACCAUCAUACUGUAUCAACCGAGUGUCUCACACGGUACGAUAA